ACCAACUUCAUUGGUCCAUCUUUCGGUGAUGCAUCUGGCUAAUUUUUCACCAGUGAUUUUACCAAUAGGGAAGAACAUUGUAUAUUUUGAGAACAAGCAGGUUAGGACAAAAAUAAAGCGUUUUUGGUGUAUAGACUGAGGUAGUGGCCCAUAGAUGUCAGCUGAUAUUAAUUCAAGUGGUUGUGAGGGUAAAAUAGGUAUCAUUUCUCCUGCUAUGUGAAAACGAUUAUGCUUUGUUUUUUGACAGAUGUCGCAGGCUCUUAUUAACUGUGUAACCUUUUUGUUCAAUCCUUUGAAGUAACAACACGUUUUCAGGGCAUGUAUUGUUUUCUUUAUACCAAAGUGACCAAUUCGUUCAUGUGUUUCCAAAAUUACGUCCUUUUCUAGGGUGUGUGGUAUGACUAGAUGCCAAAAAUCGGAGUUUUUAUUAGCCUUAUAAAACAAAUGGUCGUUGAACACAGUGUAGCGUUGUAGGUACUGGUGCUCUUUUACUGGAGGGUUGGAUAACUUGCGAAUGAGAUCUGUGAUUUUGUUGUCCGUUGAUUGUGCGUUUUUAAAUUUUUCAGAUGUGAGGAGUUCGGUGUGCAGGAGCGGCGAUAUAUUGAAGGGUAACGGCACUGGUUGAUCUUCGGCUACAUAGCAUUGGAAUGUCGUCUCAUUUGCAUAGGUGUCACUUCCUUCUCUGGACAAGAAAUCAGCAGUUUGAUUUCGUUUACCUGGCAGGCAAGUCGGGUGAACCUGAGAUUUCGGCCGUUGAAGAGGAAGGACAGGUAAUCUCGAGAUUCUUCGGCCACUUGUACCUGCCAAUAUCCGGCGCUGAGGUCGACGGUGGAGUAUAUGGUCUUGCCAUGGAACGUCUGCAACACCUGAUCGAUCUGGGCGGGAGCUUCACGGUCGUCGUCGAGAAUCAUGUUCAGCUGGCGGGCGUCGAGACAGAGUCGGGUGGAGCCGUCCUUCUUCGAAACGCAGGUAAUACCAGGAAGGAGUAUGGGAAGCACUUUCCUUCGACUUGGAUCUCCAGGAGGCAUUGUUUAGAUAUUCGGAGACGACGUCCUGGUGUGACACCUGAUAGGAUGAGGGUCCAGUCAACGGCGGGAGCGGGUGCAUGGUUAUCGGUUAGCCGCUGGUUUUUUAUCCGAGCAACGGUGCGAGAAAUGGGAGUUCCUGUUUCUGAGACGUCAUCGACUGAGUGCUCUUCUGAUGUUUCAUCCUCCGGCUCUUGGGCUACCAACGUAUCCUCCACCAGAAUGCAGCUCUCCUCCACCUGCGUCGAAGAUAAAUCAUCCAGUACAUUGGGAUGGAAAUCGGCGGAUGCGGCGGCAGAUGCGGAUGGCGGCGAACAAUCGGGUGAGAUGUCUUCGGUGUCCGACAGACUUGGAUUGACCUGGUCGUUUCCUGCCAUAGUUUGCGGAAAAAUAGCGCAACGAAAGUGUGCAGUGAAUAAACGUGAAAGUGUUGUGAUAUAUAAAAUAAUUAAUAAGAAAUCCAAUAGAAAUUGUGAUAGCUUCGUAGUGAGUGAAAUACGGAAAAAGUGGUUUAGCAAUGUGUUCAGUGAUAAAAUGAGUCAAAAGCAGACACAUCAGGGGUAA